GAGCAGGACCGCUAGUAUUUGCACUCAGACAGCGAGAAGGGGAAAGAGAGAGAGUGAGAGAGCGAAAGAAAGAGGCAGACAGAGCAAGCGUAAGAUACAAAGGGGGAGAAAGAGAGCAACAGCAGAGACACAGAGAGAGAGAGAGAGAGAGAUGGAGGAAGACAGGGAGGCUGCAGACAUCUUUGUUAUCAACAAUGGAGCAUGAAGCUCUGGUAAGGCGAUAGGCAGAUAUUGGGUAGGGGAGAGACAUUGAGGAAAGAGGGUCUCGUGUGACCACAGGGGGGAGGAAGGAGGAGAAGGAGGAAGUGGAGGAGAAGGAUGGGCCUCGAACACAGACCUGCAGUGGCACUGCCAAUCCUGGAUUAAACAGUAUGCUGGAUAAAAGCGAAGUGACAACAUUGGGCCUGCCCCCCUCAGCCAGCCAUGGCGGCUCUGACGGUAACAUCAGCUUGGAUGGGGCUGGAGUGGGUGUGGGGGCGGGGGCAGUGGCCGGGUUGGGGACUGUGGCUGGAGGGGCUGAAGGGGUCUCCGAGCCUCAGCGAACGCGGGUCGCUCUGGAGCACCUGCAGCAGAAGAUCCUGAAGAUAACUGAGCAGAUUCGGAUAGAACAGGAGGCAAGAGAUGACAACGUAGCCGAGUACUUGAAGCUGGCCCACAAUGCAGACAAGCAGCAAGCCUCGCGCAUCAAACAGGUGUUUGAGAAGAAGAACCAGAAGUCUGCACAGACCAUCGCCCACCUGCACAAAAAGCUAGAGCACUACCACAAGAAGCUGAAGGAGACAGAGCAGAAUGGUCCAGCCCGUCAGCCUAAGGAUGUGCUGCGGGACAUGCAACAGGGGCUGAAGGACAUGGGGGCCAAUGUACGAGCCGGGUUCCAUGGCUUUGGCGGGGGUAUGGUGGAUGGGGUCAAAGGAGGGGUAGAAGGGGUCAAAGGAGCUGUGGUGUCUAAGCCACGGGAGUUCGCCAGCUUGAUCCGCAACAAAUUUGGCAGUGCAGACAACAUCUCCCACCUCAUAGAGGACGAGGUGGGAGGGCACUCGGAGGACGCGCCUGCUCAACGAGCCCUGAGUGGCAGUGCCACCCUUGUCUCCAGCCCCAAGUACGGUAGCGACGACGAGUGCUCCAGUGCCACCUCUGGCUCAGUGGCAGGCAGUCACUCAGGCGGGGCUGGGGUAGGAGGUGGGAUGUCGGGGCAAGGGCAGGCUGGCCUGGGGAGCCCCAGACUGGAUGGGCACCACCACCACCACCACCACCACAUUCACAGCUCCUGGGACGCCUUGCUGGAAGGCCUGCAGGAGAUCAAGGCCAGCCAGGCCCACAUGGAGGAUGCCAUCGAGGACAUGAAGAGCCAGCUGCAGAGUGACUACUCCUACAUGAACCAGUGCCUGCAGGAGGAGAGAUACAGGUAUGAGCGACUGGAAGAGCAGCUGAAUGACUUGACAGAGCUGCACCAAAACGAAAUGACUAAUCUGAAACAAGAGCUGGCCAGCAUGGAGGAGAAAGUGGCCUACCAGUCCUAUGAGAGAGCCAGAGACAUACAGGAAGCGGUGGAGUCGUGCCUGACCCGCAUCACUAAGUUGGAGCUCCAGCAGCAGCAGCAGCAGGUGGUGCAGUUGGAGGGUGUGGAGAACGCCAACGCCCGCGCCCUGCUGGGCAAACUCAUCAACAUCAUCCUGGCACUCAUGGCCGUAGUGCUGGUGUUCGUCUCCACCCUGGCCAACUUCAUCACCCCACUCAUGAAAACUCGAGCGCGGGUGGCCACCACCAUCAUGCUGGCCCUGUUUCUGUUCAUCCUUUGGAAGCACUGGGACUUCCUGGAGCUGUGGCUAAUGCCCAGCUGAGUUUCCUACAGCCAAUCACCCACGCCCUUGUGUCUGAGUGACCAGGAUGUGGACAGAGGGACCAGAGAGAUUCACUGAGCUGUCCUAGACACUCUAACAGUCUGAAACUCAGAGAGCGUGAAUACAAAACUCAUAUUUCUGAAAGAGAACCAGCGCACUUUUUUGAUAGGAUUUAUGCUCAGAGAGUCGUACUUAGGAGGGUUGAAAGGUCAAAACGUUUCUUUACAAAGCAACUGGCGAAGACUUCCUUCGGAC